GAGGCAGCCACACCUCAGCAAGGACUAACCUGGACCAGAAAAAAUUAAAAGAACUAAUAGAAACAGAAAAGGAGUCCUGCUGUGGUAUCAGAGACGAGUCUUGAUGGCAUAGGUGCCCUCUGAAUCUACAUGAAGCAAGGCAUGGGACUUUAAGAAGACAAAGAACAUGGACCAGUGCCUCUAACACCUGCAGUGUGAGCCAAGCCUGGAGACAAAGAUGAAUUGCAGCUAGAAGAUCAUACAAUCCUCAAUGGAGCCCCUGUAUGAGGAAAUUCUAACCCAAGGUGGAACAAUAGUCAAACCUUACUACUGGCUCAGCUUUUCUCUAGGUUGCACCAACUGCCCUUACCACAUUCGGACAGGCGAGGAAGCGAGAGUUCCCUACACAGAAUUUCAUCAGACUUUUGGAUUCCCAUGGUCAACGUACCCUCAAACAAAACACCUCACAUUUUAUGAGCUGAGAAGUUCCUCCAAGAACCUGAUACAAAAGGGCCUUGCUAGCAACUGCACCGGGAGUCACAACCACCCAGAAGCAAUGCUAUUUGAGAAGAACGGUUACCUUGACGCAGUCAUAUUCCAUAACAGCAACAUCAGACAUAUCAUUCUGUAUUCCAACAACUCCCCUUGUAAUGAGGCUAAGCACUGCUGCAUCAGCAAAAUGUACAACUUCCUGAUGAACUAUCCAGAAGUCACCCUUAGUGUUUUCUUUUCUCAGCUCUACCAUACUGAGAAACAGUUUCCUACCUCAGCAUGGAACCGUGAGGCUCUCCAGAGCCUGGCCAGCUUAUGGCCCCAGGUCACUUUGAGUCCAAUAUGUGGUGGCCUUUGGCAUGCUAUUCUUGAAAAGUUUGUUAGCAACAUCUCUGGAUCAACUGUUCCGCAGCCCUUUACAGCUGGGAGAACCCUGGCUGACAGGUAUAACGCUUAUGAAAUCAACUCCAUCAUAGCAGCAAAGCCUUACUUCAUUGAUGGUCUUCUGAGCCGGCAAAAAGAGAGUCAGAACCAAGAAGCCUGGGCAGCUUUUGAAAAGCACCCCUUAGGCAGUGCUGCUCCUGCCCAGAGGCAGCCCACAAGGGGUCAGGACCCCAGGACUCCUGCCGUCCUCAUGCUGGUGCCUAACAGAGAUCUACCGCCAAUUCAUGUGGGUUCACCCCCACAGAAACCCAGGACCGUGGUAAGGCACUUGAACAUGCUUCAACUGUCAUCCUUCAAAGUCAAAGACUUAAAGAAACCUCCCUCGGGCAGGCCAGUGGAGGAGGUGGAAGUCAUGAAGAGGUCUGCAAGGAGCCAAAGGGCAAACAAAAAGAACAGAAGCCAAUGGAAGAAACAGACUCUAGUUAUCAAGCCAAGCAUUUGCCCUCUACUGGAGAGGUAACAAAAUAAAUAAAUAAAUAAAAUGGAAUUCUCUCUCCCAGGUCCGACUAAGAUGGAGUUAAAUUGAUAUAAAAAAAAAACCAACUGAUUAUUAUAACAACUCCUAUCAUUGACACUGUUUUCAACAUAAUCCAAAACGGUCAUAAGGAACUUUAUCUCUCUCUCCGAAAGUAACAGCAACAAAAUAAAUGGCUUUUU